AUGACGAAGCCAACGGACAAUGUGCCCGCCCGGCAACUCGACGAAGGAUCAUCAACAUCGGAUGAGAAGCAUGUCUCUGAACCUGCUCAUCAUGGCGACGAAAAUUUUCCACGCCCAGAAAUCAUGCACCGCCAUGCCGAGCCUACUCUUUAUGUGGCGCCCGACACUCAUGGGACGCCUCCAUCUAUGCUGAGCAUGAGCGAAAUGAGGGCCAUGCUGCCGGUACAUACAUAUCAUUACGACCAAUAUCAUCCUAUGCCGCAACAAUUUGUCCCGACAGCUCAUUCGCAUGGUGUCGUGUACUCAUUACAUCCAUUACCGUCGUAUGCCGGCUCACACCAAAAUCCAACUUCAACCUCUUACAACCACCAAUUUACCCAGGUAUAUCCUCAUUAUUUCCAAACCCAACAUCAAAGCACACCUCAUUCCCAUAAUUCUGUGUACCACUCGCUGAAUGCUACCCCGACUCACUUCGGGGUCCCGGUUAGCGGCCAAGCUGUCGGGCAUGGGCACAACCACUAUUAUCAGCGGCAUCAACAGGUCGCGAAGCAAGCGUCUACGCUCUCGCAUCGUACACCGGCCCACGUGGGGAUACACGCCUCUUCUGCACUGCAAAAGCCGGAUACCACGACCCAGCCACCUCGCGAUGCUAGGUCGCAAGCGUUGAGCACGGACUACGAUGUCUCAAAAACCAUUGUGGAUGGGUCGACCCCUAUGAAGUCAGCAACAAUUCAUUCUUCCUCUGCGGAUUCUACCUCGUCCCACCCAAAUCAGACCCCAUCGUCGUUGGCCCCAAGAGGCCCAUCAAGAAAACCGAAACAGUCUGGCCACGCUUUGUGGGUUGGCAAUCUCCCUCCGGGUGCCACGAUUGUUGAUCUUAAGGACUACUUCUCUCGAGAUGCUACCAAGGACGUGGAAAGCGUGUUUCUCAUAUCGAAGAGCAACUGUGCCUUCAUCAACUACAAAACGGAAGCAGCUUGCAACACAGCGCUAGAAAGAUUCAAUGAUUCCAGAUUUCACGGGGCUCGUCUAGUCUGCCGACUGCGGCGGGGCUCAAUGACCCCUGCUUCCAAUGUCGACCCCUCAGGACCCUCAACUCCCGUGCAGGAUGGCGACAGACGGACGACCACAGAUACCAGCGACGGGCCACAAGCUAGUUCUGGCACCAAGGGUACAACCGGAAGCGAGUCAAGCCCAUGGGUUCCCAACCGAUACUUCAUCGUCAAGAGUCUUACCGUUGAGGACCUUGAGUUUAGCCGACGCAGCGGGAUUUGGGCGACCCAGUCUCAUAACGAAGACUGCCUGAAUCAAGCCUACGAGAGUGCAAAUAAUGUUUACCUUGUAUUCUCUGCCAACAAAUCCGGGGAAUACUACGGGUACGCCAGAAUGAUGUCGCCGAUCCAGGAAGACGAUGCAUUGACCCUGGCGAUGCCCCCUCGGCCUGACCAUGUCCACCCGGAAUCCCCGAUAGUCGACACGACUCCGACCCCGGCGACGGAGACGGCGCCCACGGGGCGAAUCAUCAACGAUGCCGCCCGAGGCACCAUCUUUUGGGAGGCCGACUCAUCUUCGGACGAGGAGGAGGAUGCCAAGAGCGAGAGAAGUGUCGGCGAGGUUGUCGAAGAAACAGCAGAGCCGGGGUUUCAAUCGAUCGGCAGGCCAUUCCGGAUUCAGUGGCUGUCGACCGAGCGGGUUCCGUUCCACCGCACCAGGGGCUUGCGAAAUCCCUGGAAUGCUAAUCGGGAAAUCAAAAUUGCACGAGACGGGACGGAGAUUGAACCGAGUGUUGGAGCGCGACUGAUACAGCUCUUCCACCCUCCCGGUGCUGGAUAG